CGAGCUACUGUAACUAGCAGCAGGUUGAUGUGAGUUUUUAAGCCGUGCAGUGAUCAAUGUUGUGUUCAGAUGAAAACGUGUCCACUGUCUAAGAUGAACCGCGAGGUUACAUGCAGACCCGAAGGCUUUUGGUGUGCGGUUGAUGUCUGGAUAAAGAAGCCGCAUGUAGUGAAUAAGCGGCUGUGCGGAGCGAUAGAGACAGAAUACAGGCAUGUGAGCUGUGAGGAGCUCGAGCUCUGUCUCUGCAGCGUCACUGGUGGCAGUGUGCGGGAUUUCCCGCACAUCCUCACUUUCCUGCGCGCGCCCACUGCGGGCACGGGCCACCAGACUGCACCAGGCUGGAGUGUAGGAGUGAGAACCAUCAUCCCUAAAGCAUGUGUGCAGAGCGGUGCAGCAAAGCUGUACAAGGAAGUGGUUGUCAAAGACUUAAAUGGGCAAACAGUGACAUUUCUGCCAAUUGAAGAAAACAGUGAAGGCCACAUCAUUCUGAAGGAAAGCAAUGUUUAUCAGAUCCAGCUUCAGGAAAAGACAGAUGAUUGGAUACUGUCUCUUCAUACCCUGAGACCUGAUCAGUGGUUUAGUGAUGCUGUGGGCUAUCCAAGACUCACCUGGCUGACAUCAGAGCUUCUUCCUAAACUAGCACGCUGGGCCGCAGAGGACAAAGCUACGGAGUUUAAGAGUACUCUGUCUCUUAUAUCUGUCGAGAAGUACAGCAUACUCUACCAGCAGCUAAAAAUCAAAUACAAAGAGCUCGUCAAGGUCUGGCCUGAAGUUACUGACCCUGAGAAAUUCGUCUUUGAGGAUGUUGCCAUUGCUACGUACCUUCUUGUUUUAUGGGCUGAAGAGCGAGCUGAAAAAGGAAUAACAUCCAAACAGUCUUUUGUGGACCUCGGUUGUGGAAACGGUCUGCUCGUCCACAUAUUAAACAAUGAAGGGCAUCCUGGAAAGGGAAUUGACAUUCGCAAGCGAAAAAUCUGGGACAUGUAUGGACCCAAUACACACUUGGAGGAAAAAGCAAUCACGCCCAGCGCUGCGUUCCUCUUCCCUGAGACAGACUGGCUCAUUGGAAACCACUCAGAUGAGCUCACGCCAUGGAUCCCAGUUAUAGCAGCCAGAUCCUCCUACCACUGCCGCUACUUUGUGCUGCCUUGCUGUUUCUUCGACUUCUGUGGGAAGUACCAGCGCAGACAGUGUAAGAAAUCUCAGUACAGAGAGUAUGUCGACUUCAUCAGUGAGGUCAGCGCUGUAUGCGGCUUCCAAACACAUGAAGACUGUCUUAGGAUUCCCUCCACCAAGCGGGUCUGUCUAAUUGGAAAGAGUAGGAGUUAUGAGCUGGCUGAAGAAGAGUUAGCAGAAGUGAAAAGAACAGACUAUAUUAUGGGACGACAAGCCUUAAUUGACAACUCGACAGUUGUUACUCAGAAAGAACACAGUGGACCUCAUCAUCAUCAAGGAGAUGGACAGGAGAUGACCAAAGCAGGAUGUGACUGGGGAACUGGUUUUCAGCCGAGAGAGAAGAUAGAGACAGUCAGAAAUUGUGCAGCUCUCCCUAGGGACUUUGUAGAUGGUAUUGUCCUGAAGGUGGCGAUGGCCUUGCUAGGACUCAAUGGACAGAAAAGAGAGGAGGAGGAGGAAGAGGACAAGAUUGGAAAGAAGAGAAUUGGGUGGAAUUCAGGAGGUUCUCUCUCCAUCCGUGAGGUUGCUGAGCUCCUGGACCAGUCCACAUUGCAGACUCUGAAGAAAGAAUGUGGAGGACUACAGACUCUACUUAAAAACAACCAUCAAGUGUUCCGAGUGGAAGGUGGAAAGGUUCAGAUCCGUGAUUGGCGCAGUCAGGGCACCCAGACUGACCCAAAGCGCAAAUCUCAAAUCUCAGAUGCAUUAAAAACGCGACUCUGCUGGUUCCACACUCACCACCCUGAUGGAUGCCCAUUGUCAAGCAAAGACUGUGAUUUUGCCCAUGGAGCUGAUGACCUCCGACCCUCCACACGCCCCUUAAAAAAGCACAGGAGCUGACCACGAGAGAUGCAAUGACUUCUUGUAUAUUUAUAUUUAAAUUCAAAUUUCAGAGAGACUCGCAGUGAUUUUGUCAUAAUCUUUUUGGUUUAAAAGAAAUUCAGGGCUAGGGAGAUUGAUCUUGUUGGUGUGUGUAUGAUGCCUUGGCGUCUUGAUUAUUUGCCGCUGUUUGUAUAGCUGCAAAUCAAUAAUUAUUUUUUCUUGCAAAUAUGAACAAUAAAUACAUGAACUCAAUAUGGACCACACAGUACAACUUUUGCGUUAGAAUUCAUUUACCCCAUUGCAACAUUAUAAACCUUUAUGCAUGUGCCUGAGGUAGCGUGUGUUAAAUGUUAAAGGCAUAAAUAAUUUGGCAUGCGGUGUGGGGGGCAGGCCAAUGUGUAGGUUAUUGUCCUUCUUCUCAAAUGUCACAGGACAGGAUGUCUAUGCUCCAUAUGGUGAAUGGAGGCUCCAGGGUUUUUGUUGAUGAUGAGGCAUGGAAUCAUUUUAUUUAUUUAUUUGUUUUAUUUUAUUUACAGAGAUGUGGGAAUAGCCAUAGUAAGUUGUAUUU